GGCCCGGGCCUCACCAUGCCCGGCGUGAAGCUGACCACCCAGGCCUACUGCAAGAUGGUGCUGCACGGGGCCAAGUACCCCCACUGCGCCGUCAACGGGCUCUUGGUGGCCGAGAAGCAGAAGCCCCGCAAGGAGCAGCCGUCGCACGGCGGCGCGAACCCGCACCAGACCCUCUUCGUGGACUGCAUCCCCCUCUUCCACGGCACCCUGGCGCUGGCCCCCAUGCUGGAGGUGGCCCUCACCUUGAUUGAUUCAUGGUGCAAAGAUAAUAGCUAUGUGAUUGCUGGUUAUUAUCAAGCUAAUGAACGUGUAAAGGAUGCCAGUCCGAACCAGGUUGCUGAGAAGGUGGCUUCCAGAAUUGCAGAGGGCUUCAAUGACACUGCACUCAUCAUGGUAGACAACACGAAGUUUACAAUGGAGUGCAUAGAACCUACGGUUCAUGUGUAUGAGCAUCAUGAAAACAAAUGGCGGUGCAGAGGUCCCCACUAUGAUUAUUGUGAAGACUGGCCAGAAGCCCAGAGGAUCUCAGCAUCUCUCUUGGACAGCAGGUCCUAUGAAACCCUUGUGGAUUUUGAUAACCACCUGGACGACAUCCGAAAUGAUUGGACAAAUCCAGAGAUCAAUAAAGCUGUUCUACACCUAUGUUAGGGAGGGAUUCCACUGACUGAUUUAUGGGCAUUUCCACUACACUGAAGAGGAAAAAAGAAAUAUUUUUAAAUGUAAAUAGAAUAAUAUCUCAUACCUUGUGUGGAGAGGCAACAGUUUUAAGAAAUGGCAUGUGGCUCAAACGAGGCAGUGUCUAUGUGGCCAUCUUUUUAAAGCAAAGAUCUCUAGAGGAGACGCAAGCUAUGGAGUCUAGCUGUCCCUGUGGAUUCUUUCCCAGUUGUCUGUUGCUCUGACCUUCAAAAUCAAAACUAUUUCUGCUUGUCCAAGAUUGUUCCUAUUAAACGAUUUUAACUAACCUUUUAUAAUCUUGAGAGAAUACUUUUUAAGACUUAUGAACUAUCUUUCCGAAAACAACAAAUCUUUAUCCUUUAAUGAGUGUUUGGGGAGUUUUAUUUCUGAGUCCAUGCUGUAAAUACAGUCUUAGGACCAGGUCUAAAAAUCUACAGCAAACACCUUGGUACCAAACCAACUACCCCAGACAACUACUUGUGCAAAUAGGCAUCUCUGUUAGAGCAGCUGAAUUCGUUUGGGGUUAUUAGACUGUACUACUUAAAGCAAUAUUGUGCUCAAAAAGCCAAAGUGGGAAGAAAACUGCUGCUGUCUCAGCAGUAUUUAUGGUUGAGGGCAGAACCAAGCGCUCUGUCGCAAGAGCUCUUCUUAGAGCCCACACAGCAUCGUAGUCGUGACCAACCAGAAGGCUCUAAAACCCAGAAAUAGAGGGAGGGGAGACAGGAUUGCGCUAGGAUUCGAUGCAGAUGCAGUCUCUGCUUUUUGGAAAACAGGAAUCAUUCCUAGUUCUUGACUCACUUGCAUGAUCAUCCAAAUAGUUCUAAAAGAUAUCUUCAAAAUAAUUGCCAUUGCUUUUGUAUUUAGAGCAAAAACUCUUUCGUUCAUAAAGCUGAACAAGAGAAUGAAUGUAUCUUUUUUAUCAGUACAUUUGGUGGUUUCUAACAAAAUCUUAACAAAAGGGAUGGGAAACUUUAUAGCACCAUUGCGUUUGUUGUUCCUUUUUCUAUUAAUUAUUUUGUACAGUGUUCAGUGUACUGUACCUUUCCUGCUGUCUCUUUCCUCUUGCUACAUUGAGAAAACUUGUAACAAUUGGCUGAACCUAGCAGUCUUGAAAAGGGUUCACUUUCUAGCAUUCGGUAUUUUACUCUAACCAGUAAAAGUCAUUUAUUUGGACCAUCAUAUUCAAGAAGUAUGCUUUAGUCCUUGACCUCAUGGGCUUAUAGAUUUAGACUGAGAGAGAACCUUAGGAAUUUGCUAGUGUGUAGCCUCAUUUUUGCAAAUGAGGAAACUGAGGCCUAGGAAGGUUAACCUACUUGCCAAAGGUCACAUGGGUAGUAAGUGGCAAACCCAGCUCCUUGGAGCCCAUAUCCAAUGGUCUUUCUGUGCACCAUGCUUUUGCAGACGAUAAUUCCCCCUUUCUGUUCCCUUUCCUCAGCUUUCUUCUCACAGCUUUUUCAUUCCACAAAUAUUGUCUUUCUAUACAGUGCAUUGUGGUUACAAAGCCCUCUGCAUGCAUUAUCUUCUUUGAGACUCACAACCACCUGUGAGGUCGGCUGAGCAGUUGGCAUGACCCUCAGUUUGUAAAUGAAGAAACAGGCUCUCAAAGAGGUUGAGUGAUUUAUUUACCCAAGCUCACACAGUUAUUAAGUAUAGCAGUGUUGGGACUCAAACCUGAUCUCUUGACUCCUUGUCCAGUGUUCUUUCCAUUACACCAUGCUACCUCUCUAAAGCCAUGAAAUAAACACAUUUCAUGUGGGGAACAAAUAUAAAAUGUCUGGACACAAAGGAAAGAUAUCAGCGAACUUAAUCUUUGUGCUCCCAUGCACUCGGAUGCCAAGAAUACCACAAGUGGGAAAUAUUAGAUGACUCUGUUCCUAGUAGAAUUGUUUUUUUUUCAAAAAGAAAAGAAAAAUCACCAUGUAAAAUUUGUUUUCUGGGGGACUAGAAUAGCAGUGUGUGCUACAGGUCAAGGCUAAAACGAAUUGACAGACCUGUCUGUUUUGACCAUUUUUGUUUUUACAUGAGAUUUGCUUUGAAGGCAUGUACAUAAAAGCUAAUGUGAUAAAUAUUAUAAUCUUUUUUUUUUCCAUGAGGGUCGAUAUGUUAAAAGAUAAAUAGAAAAGAGAUAAAUUACAACUACACAAAAAAGCAAAAACAAUAAAAGGUUUGACUUUUAUGUUUAUGAUUGCCCUACAAAGUCAAAAAAAUUAAACACUAAAGAGUUGGAAAGUUUAUAGUAAUACCACUACUGCUCCUGAAUGGUAUGGGAAAAAGAGAGACAAUUUUCUUGGAACAUGAAAAAUUGCCUUGUAGCAAUUAGGAGUGUCCAAGAAUGCAUUAACCAUCUGCAAGGUAGUAUCACCAUAGGUGUUCAAUCAGAGAGCAAUUGAUGAUGUUAAAGAUAGUGUAGAGAGGAACCUGGAAGGGAGGAAUGGCAGUAGUUGAGAUAGGUGUGGUCUAAGGGAAAGAGCUCCAGGUUGGGACUCCAAAGCCCCAGGACUGCUCUUAACUAACCUUGUGAUCCAGGGCAAGACUCUUCUGAUGUCCUGGCCUUGGUUUUGCACAUCUGUCAUGGCAAGUCUUGGACUAGAUGGCAUGAGGUCUCUUCCAUCUCUACCACUCAGAUUUUGUGAGGCCUCUGAGAAUCCCUUCCAACCCCGAUCCUGUGAUUUUCCUAAAAAAUAAUAUUAGUUCUAUUCAGAAUAGAGCUGUACACAUCUACAGUUGGGAAAUCUGCUGGUUUUAUUCUCUGCAAAAUUAUUUCUACUUAUUCUGUCUGUCUUUAAGCCUGCCUCAGCUUUUUCCUUUUGCAUAAUUAACUUUGAUUUGACUUACAGCUUACUUUUCAAAUAGAUUAAUAGUAUUGUGAAAAACUGUCUCCAAAUGCAAUUUCUGAAUUUAUUACCUAGGCUUUUUUGCAUUGCUCUUUAAAAAGCAACUUAAUUGGCUUUUGAAAAUAACAAUCCCUCUUAUUUGGGCUCCUGAAGUCAUAAUCUCCUAUGGCAUCAGAACUGUUACUAUGGUGGCUCUUUGUGACAUGGGGUAAAGAAAAUGAGAAAAAUGGCAAGAUCACGUGGAUUCAUGGGUGGAUAAACAGAUCCUCAGAUGUUAUUCAUGAUUAUAGGAAAGGGAGUUGACUUUAAAACUAGAUUUCCAGUUUACUAAUAGACAUUUCUUGAGGCUCUCUAUUAGAUCUUACUCCCUUUUAAGCACUGCAAAACAUUUCAGUAAAAACAAAACUGGCAGAAAAUGCUGCAUGUGUUAUUCUUGCCAAAUCCUCAGUGUGUGUAUAUGUUUGUGAUUUGUUACCUUAACCUAACCUCAUUUCCGUACCCUUUCAGAAGCCAAAGGAUGCCUUUUUUAAUCCUCAAGAUUUUGACUUGUUCCUCCUUCAAACCUUGAUUAUUACUUUGAAGUAUAUGUGAAAUGUAAUCAAACAUUAUUUCUUGGAAAUAGAGGUUGAGUGUUAUGAGAUUGUUCUUCUGUAGAACUAUGGUAAAAAGAAAAUUCCGGGAGGGGUGCCUUUUCAUUACUCACACAGUGAAAUCCUGCUCUAGGUAACAUCAGACUUACCAGUGAAAUGAAAUGUGGAACUGCCAAGUCACAUUGCCAUAUGCUUGUCGGCAUUUGGCAUUGUCUUUAGCUACAUUCCUUCGGAAGUCAAAGGGAACUGUUCUAAGCUGAGCCAUGAAUGGUCAUUGGGAAAUGCUUGCAGUGCUUUGCAAGAAACCUUGGACUUGGACUUUUGUUAACAUCUUGUAAAGCAAAAAUGUGCUCCUCUGUACAGUAAAGUACACUACUAUUUAACAACACGACACUGUGUAACAAUAAAUAACUUUGUUCCCUUGAUGAA